AGGCUGAGGGGGGCCCCCCCCCGCAGCCCACGGUCACGUGGCGGCCGGGCGGCGGCGCCAGUCUGGAAAAGAAUGAAUGGAGAAAACGUUCCUGAACGGGCAGCGGCGAUUCGCAGAAGGGCGGAGGUCCUGCGACCAAUGAGAGGCGGAGUUCAAAGCCGCGGCCCCGCCUCCUCUGGUGUCUCGCGCGCCUGCGCACUCGGCCUGUCGUCCUUCUGCCACACACAAGAUGGUGACGGGCAGCUGGGCGCCUUCCCCCUUCUUCCCGCUCCUCCUGCGGCCGCCAUGCUGGUGAGGGCGAGCGCGGCUCUGCUGCGGCCCCGGCGGGCUCUCCUCUGCCGCUGGGGCGCCGCCGCCGGCAAGAGGGCGAGGAGGCUGAGCGGGGGAGCGGCCGGGGAGGCGGCCCUCCGCUGCUUCCCCCUCAACCGGGCGCUGCUCCGCCUGCAAGGCCCGGACGCCGAGGCCUUCCUCCAAGGCCUGCUGACCAAUGACGUGACGCGCCUGACGCCGGCCGGGGGCGGGGCUCCGCGCGCGCUCUACGCGCAUGCCCUCAACGUCCAAGGGAGGUGCCUCUAUGACGUCAUCCUGUACAGGAUUCACGAAAGCCCACAAGACGAGCCCCACAUCCUGUUGGAAUGUGAUGCCACCGCCCUAGACUCCCUACAGAAGCACUUGAAACUCUAUAAGAUCCGGAGGAAAGUAAACAUCGCCCUUUGCCCUGACCUCUCUUUAUGGGCUGUUAUUCCAAAGGAACCUUCGGGGGAUGUGGCCUGCAAGCUCCAGCAGCAUACUAGCGAAGCUGUGGUUGCAACGCCUGAUCCCAGAGUGGAAGUUAUGGGUUGGAGGCUGAUAACGGGCAAAGGUGCAGACCUGCAACGUAUUGUCCCUGGGAGCCAGAUUGGAAGCAUUAAAGAAUAUCAUAGACACAGGUAUAAACAAGGCAUCCCUGAAGGAGUUGAGGAUUUGCCUUCCGGAGUAGCCUUGCCUUUGGAAUCCAACCUGGCUUACCUGAACGGCAUUAGUUUCACCAAAGGCUGUUACAUUGGCCAAGAGUUAACGGCCAGAACCCACCACAUGGGUGUAAUCCGCAAGCGCCUCUUGCCGGUACGGCUUUCAGAUCCUGUGCCUUCCGAAGGAGUCCCCGAAGGUGCCGAGAUUCUGUCAGAGACAGGAAAGUCUGCUGGGAAGUACCGGGCUGGGAGAGGCGAAUGUGGGAUAGCGCUCCUGCGACUAGCUCACAUACACGAACCACUUCAUCUGAAGCUCUCGGGGGAUGCACGUAUAAGUCUCACGGCCUGCAUUCCAAAAUGGUGGCCGAAAUCGACUGAUAAAUAGUAACUUUGCGCUGAGCAUCGCAUCUACCUUACUGGCUGAAAAAUCCCGAUGAGCUCAGAGCUCAUCCACUCUUAGUGUCUGCUUUUCAUGAUCCGUCAGUUCAACCAAAGCAUGGAUUGUGCAGGAGAGAUUCCUGGUGGAUUAUACCAUUCCCCCCCCCAAUCAAUGAACAGUAAAGACUCAAGUGUGUGUAUUAAAGUGGCCUUCUUCCUGGAAAGUUCACUUGCACAGUGGAUUUGAUUUAAAUCGCUUUAAAUCACAUUAAAAGUUCAUUGUUGCUUGCUUUAAAAUGAA